AACGCAGCAGUCAGACAACAACCCCAACCAUCUGGGAAGUUGAUUUUAAACAAGAUGGACUCCGCUGAGGUUCUGGAUAAAGAUGGCCCAACAAGCCUCGUUACGGGACAAGGCGACUCGGAUUCCGAGGAAAAGUAUCCAAACAGACCACGGAACAAUUCACCAACGCUACCCUUCCACGAGCUCUUCCAGACGCUCUUCAAUCCGCUAAGCGAGAUCAAGAAGAAACCCGCCGGCGCCGUCGCAGGACGUCGCAAACUCGGCCCGCAAGGCCAGUCCAGCGCGAGUCUAAACCCCUUCGAACGCCGCCGCGAUGUAAUCGAGCGGUUCAUCUCGCGAUGGCGAAAAGAGGUCGGCGACGACAUCUACCCCGCAUUCCGCCUGAUUCUGCCCGACAAGGAUCGGGACCGAGCAAUGUACGGAAUCAAGGAAAAGGUGAUCGGGAAGAUGCUGGUCAAGAUCAUGAAGAUCGACAAGAACUCCGAGGACGGGUUCAACCUGUUGAACUGGAAGCUCCCCGGGCAAGCAGGCGCAUCUAGCAUGGCGGGCGAUUUCGCGGGCCGGUGCUACGAUGUGCUCUCGAAGCGGCCGAUGCGGACGGAGGUAGGAGACAUGAGCAUCGGGGAGGUGAACGGGAAGCUGGAUCAACUUGCAGCGGCGACGAAGGAAGACGAGCAGCUGCCGAUUAUGGCGGAGUUCUACAGACGCAUGAGUCCCGAGGAGCUCAUGUGGCUGAUCCGGAUUAUCCUCCGGCAGAUGAAGGUCGGGGCGACGGAGCGGACGCUUUUCAACGUCUGGCAUCCGGAUGCUGAGAGUCUGUACAGUAUAUCUAGUAGCCUCCGGCGGGUUUGCUGGGAGCUGCACGAUCCUAAUAUUCGGCUGGAGGACGAGGAUAGGGGGAUUUCGCUGAUGCAGUGCUACCAGCCGCAGCUGGCGCAGUUUCAAAUGCAUUCGCUGGAUCGCAUGAUAAGUCGAAUGAAAGUCACAGAAGACGAUCCGGUGUUUUGGAUCGAGGAGAAGUUAGACGGAGAGCGGAUGCAGCUCCACAUGGAGUUCGACGAGUCGGUGCCAGGAGGGAGGAAAUUCCGCUUCUGGUCGAGGAAGGCCAAGGACUAUACGUAUCUCUACGGGAAUGGCGUCCACGAUGAGAACGGUUCGUUGACGAGACACCUUGAUGGCGCGUUUGCAGACGGUGUCCAAAGCCUCAUCCUCGACGGUGAAAUGAUCACCUGGGAUCCAGAGCAAGAUGCGCCGGCGCCGUUCGGCACGCUGAAGACGGCUGCCCUAGCUGAACAGCGGAAUCCGUUCUCGAGUGGCACUCGGCCACUGUAUCGAAUUUUCGACAUCCUCCACUUGAACGGGCGAGACCUAACAAGGUAUACCCUCCGUGACCGGCGGAAUGCGCUGCAAAAGAGCAUUAAGCCCGUCCACCGCCGGUUUGAGAUCCACCCCUACGAAGAAGCCACGGGAAAAGCCGAAGUGGAGGCAUCCCUGAGGAGGGUCGUCGCAGAGGCAUCCGAAGGCCUGGUGCUGAAGAACCCGAGGUCUCCCUAUCGUCUGAACGAAAGACAUGACGACUGGAUGAAAGUCAAACCCGAGUAUAUGACCGAGUUUGGGGAGUCACUCGAUCUGGUGGUGAUCGGAGGAUACUACGGGUCUGGCCACCGUGGCGGCGGCCUGGCAAGCUUUCUGUGUGGACUGAGGGCCGACGAUUCCUCCUCUUCACAGAACCCAGGCGAGACGAAAUGCUAUUCCUUCUGCAAGGUGGGAGGCGGCUUCAACGCGGCCGAUUACGCAAAUAUCCGACACCACACGGAUGGCAAGUGGCACGAAUGGAAUCCCAAGAAACCGCCCACGACAUACAUGGAACUGGCCGGCGGGGACGCUCAGCAUGAACGACCGGACAUGUGGAUCAAGCCUGAAGACUCGGUCGUUCUCUGCGUGAAAGCGGCUUCUGUUUCUGUCAGUGACCAGUUCCGGCUCGGGCUGACAUUGCGUUUCCCACGAUUCAAGAGACUCCGCAUGGACAAGGAUUGGAAGAGCGCCUUGUCCGUGCAGGAGUUUCUCGAUUUAAAAUCGAGCGUGGAGGAGGACCGGAAGAAUCAGGAAUUCAACGUCGACGAUUCCCGCAGGAAACGGGUCAAGCGGUCGACCAAGAAACCCCUGACCAUCGCAGGGUACGAUGAGAAUGCAGAUGCCAAGUAUGCUGGACCAUCCGGACAUAUAUUUGACGGGCUCAAUUUCUAUAUUGUGACUGAAUCGGGCGCCCCCGUCAAGAAAUCCAAGGCAGAGCUGGAGCAGCUCGUCAAGGCCAACGGGGCCAAGUUCUACCAAACGAAUAGUGCAGUUCCGGACACUAUCUGCGUCGCUGAUCGAAGAACGGUGAAAGCCGCCUCGUUGCAGAAGCAGGGCACGGUGGAUAUUAUCCGUCCAUCAUGGAUACUGGACUGUAUCCGGCAGAGCGAAAUCGACACCGGUCUUCCUGAUCUCUUGUUGCCUUUUGAGCCUAGACACAUCUUCUUCGCCACAAAAGACAGAGAAGAAGAGGCCGCAGCCAACGUCGACCGGUUCAAUGACAGCUAUGCCCGCGACACCACCAAAGAAGAACUCCGCGACAUCCUCAACCAAAUGAUCAAAGACCCCAACAUCGACAACACCCAACCUCCCGAAACCAUUCGCAAAAUCACCUCCCAAAUCCAAGAAAAAGUCAACUCGGGCUGGGAAAUGCCGCUAGGCUGGCUCUUCAAGGGCCUCACCAUCACCAUGCCCCAACGAGACGAACCCGACGGAUCCGCACAGCAGUUGCGCCUUCGUCUAGCCAGUAACACGGCCAAUUUUGCGGGGGCUACGAUGGCAUCCUCUUCGCCGUCCUCCCCCUCGAAAGAUCCGCGGGUCACCCACAUCGUCGUGGAUACGCACAGCACUGCCUCUGACGUCUCCUCCAUUCGGGCGUCAUUAUCCGCGAGGGCAUCCGGCAAGAUACCGCAUCUUGUUACGGUGGAAUGGAUCGAAGAGAGCUGGAAGCAGCGGACGUUGCUGGACGAAGAACAAUUCCAACCCUCACCCUCGCCUAAGAAAUAAAUUAAACCAAAAUUAUAAUGAUUAACGGCAGUUCACCUCCCCUAUAC